CGCGGCAGCACGCUACACUACUCUCCUCCAACAAGGCACUGGUGAAGACUCCAUGGCCAGCCAUCAACUGGAGUUCUGCUAAUCUUCUGGUGGCCAUACCACUUCAGGUGCAUUAUGGGUGACAUAGUCCAGAUGCACUUUACCGCAGCAGACUAUGCUAUCUUUGUGCUGCUACUUGUGGCAUCAGCGGGCAUUGGCCUGUUCUAUGCGUUCUCAGGGGGUCGCCAGAGCACCACACGUGAAUUUCUGUUGGCUGAUCGCAGCAUGAGCUGCCUGCCUGUGUCCCUCUCGCUACUUGCCACUUUUCAAUCAGCCGUAGCCAUUUUGGGUGCACCAGCCGAGGUCUAUGCACAUGGCACACAGUACUGGUUCCUGGGCUGCUCCUAUUUCCUUGGCCUGCUCAUCCCUGCUCAUGUCUUCAUUCCUGUCUUCUACCGCCUGCGCCUAUCCAGUGCCUACCAGUAUUUAGAGCUUCGCUUCAAUAAAACUGUGAGGAUAUGUGGCACUGUGACCUUCAUCUUUCAAAUGGUAAUCUACAUGGGAGUAGUGCUGUAUGCUCCUGCUCUUGCACUGAAUGCAGUAACUGGAUUUGACCUCUGGGGCGCAGUCCUGGCAAUGGGACUUGUGUGCACACUCUACACAGCACUGGGUGGUCUAAAAGCUGUAAUCUGGACAGAUGUGUUCCAGACUAUUGUGAUGUUUGCUGGGCAGUUGGCUGUAAUUGUAGUGGGUACCCACCAAGCAGGUGGUAUAAGCGAGGUGUGGAGGAAAGCCCAAAAUGGCAGUCGCAUCUCAGGUUUAGAUUUGAAUCCUGACCCUUUGGAACGGCAUACAUUCUGGACCCUGGCAGUAGGAGGCGUCUUUCUUAUGCUUGCACUGUAUGGAGUGAACCAGGCUCAGGUCCAGAGAUACCUCAGCUCCCGCACAGAGAAAGAGGCCAUCAUUUCAUGCUAUGUGGUGUUUCCUUGCCAACAAAUAGUCCUGGCACUGGGUUGCCUCAUGGGUUUGGUCAUGUUUGCCCGUUAUGGAGAAGACAGUCCUCUGGACAAGGGCUAUGUUAAGACAAAUGACCAGAUGGUGUUGUACUUUGUGAUGGAUGUACUCAGAGGCCUCCCUGGUUUGCCUGGUCUGUUUGUUGCUUGUCUUUUUAGCGGGGCUCUCAGCACAAUCUCAUCUGCCUUCAACUCGCUGGCAACGGUUACCAUGGAAGACUUGAUAAAGCCCCAUUACCCUGAUAUGACCGAGGCACGAGCCACAUUGCUGUCUAAAGGCCUCGCUCUUGGCUAUGGGCUAGUGUGUCUGGCUAUGGCUUACUUUGCUUCUCUAAUGGGCUCUGUGUUGCAGGCAGCACUCAGUAUUUUUGGGAUGGUUGGUGGGCCUCUUCUUGGCCUCUUCUGUCUUGGCAUGUUCUUUCCCUGGGCCAAUUCUAUUGGUGCUGUGACUGGUUUGGCAGCAGGACUGAUCAUGGCUUUCUGGAUCGGUAUUGGCAGUUUUGUCUCUCGUAUGCAAGUAGCUGAAACACCCAUACUAAACACCACACUGAACAUCCCUGAGAUAGGCAACACAACAACUGCCAUCAUGACUACACUAAUCACUUCCAGUAUAACUAAACCCAGGCCUACUGGAGUGCAAGCACUUUAUUCACUGUCCUACAUGUGGUACAGUGCUCACAAUUCAGCCACAGUUGUAGUGGUAGGAUUGCUGGUCAGUUUUCUCACUGGGCCCUGGAAAGAAAAGGAUUUGACACCAGGUACUAUUUACCCUGUUCUGGGCACGCUGCUCUUCUUUCUACCUGAGCGAUACAGAGAGAAGCUCUGCUGUGUUAGUCCUCUGGGAGAGAAGCCCAAAGGUCUGGACAAGGGACCUUAUCAAAAAGCAGUACAAGAGAACAAUGGCACUUUCCAAGUUCAAGAUGAAGAAAAGAAUGGCGAGGAAGACUUGAAAGAUAAAACGUCGCAGGCUUCCUGCAUCCUGGCCAAUGUGGAGCAGGAGACAGCUUUGUAAUUUAUUUUUGUUUGUUUACCAAAUCCACUAUACAACACCUGCUGACGACCAUAUUCCUCACCAUUAUCUCACAAUCAAAAAUAAGUAUCAUGAUGCCAAAUAAUGCACAUUUCUAAAUAUUUGAACCCAUCAGAUCCUGCUUUAUCACUUUUCUAUGGUGGUAAGGAUGCUAAGAAUGAUAACCCAAUUAGAGGGUGUGUAAAAUACAGAAAAUGGCAUUAUAUAUACACAACAAUGUCAUAUGAAAUGUGCAAAGCAUGAGGUUGUUUGAUAAAUUGGGCAUUAGGUUGUUUGAU